GUCUCCCGCCAUGUGUUGAUAGUCUCAGUCUUAAUCUUAAUGUCUGCUUCUCUUUGGCCUUUGUUAUAGAUACCCCCUUUGCUAGACCAUCCAUAGCCAUUUGCAGUUUGAGCGAACGGCAGCAUGGCCGAGGAGACGGCGCAACAGCCCGUCCUGGAGCCCGUAUCGAAGCCACUGACGCUGAUUCCCGUCGUGAUCAAGGAAGCCGCCCUCGACUCGCCCACGUUCCGCGCGACCGCCGUGCACUUUGGCGACCAGAUCGACCUCAUAGAGCGCUGGCUCGACUCGUACAUCCGCGCCACGUCGAAGCUCGCCGCCGAAGUCAACACGCUGCAGACGCUCGUCGACGCAUACAUCCAGACAUCGCAUCCGCCGCUGCAGCUGUCCGAGGCCGUCCUCGACCAUGAUUACACCGUCUUGGCGCUAAAGCGCUUCGGGGAGGGAGCACGCGAAUUUUGGAACAGCACUCUGCGCAGCACCAAGCGAGCAGAGGCGACCGUCUGCGAGCCCCUGAGAGCGUUCCUGCAGACGGACCUGCGCAUACUCAAGGAAGCGCGCAAGAACCUGCUCGAGUCACAACGAUUGUUCGAUGGCGCCAUCUCGCGCUAUGCAGGCCAGGUCAAGACGAAAGAGCCGUCGUCGCUCAGAGAAGACGCCUUCCAGCUGCACGAGGCGCGGCGGGCCUAUCUGACGGCGAGCAUGAACUUCUGCAUGCUGGCGCCUCAGGUGCGCUUGACCCUGGACAAGCUGCUGGUCAAGGUCAUUAGCGAGCAAUGGCGCGAUAUGAAGGCUGCAGGGGAGGCCUCGAACAAGGGCUUGGCGCAGGGGACGGCUGAUGUAGAACGCGUGCGGGGGUGGAGCAAGGAGAUGGAGAAUGGCGAGCGCGUCUUCAAGAGGGAGCUGCACUUGGCGAGGCAGCAGAUCGAGGGUGCUGCAGAGGUGAGCGCACGCCCAUCACGCGACCUGGACUCGUAUGCAGCCUCGACUGUCCCCUAUCUGGGCACACAGCCUUCUUCAGCGAACGCCCCAGCCCCUGCACCGCCGGACCCUGCCAACGAGAAGGCCGAGAAGCAAGGUUGGCUUUUCCAGCGCACAAUCACGGGGAAGCCCGCUCGAACCUACUGGGUCAGGAGGUGGUUUUUCGUUAAGAACGGAAUCUUUGGCUGGCUUACACAAGGCACCCGGUCUGGCGCCGUCGAAGAAUCCGAGAAAAUUGGCGUGCUACUCUGCGGCAUCCGUCCAGCUGUCAGCGAAGAACGACGCUUCUGCUUCGAAGUCAAGACGAAAGACACCACCAUCUCUCUUCAAGCCGAGACCCAAAACGACAUCACGGAAUGGAUCGCUUCGUUCGAGGUGGCGAAACGCAAGGCCUUGGAGAACACAACUAGGGAUAUCAGCGCCCAGGAUUCAAAUGAUGCUGCUUUUUCAAUCAGUCCUCCCGUCGCCCCCGAAUUUGCUGCCAAGACAUCCGAAGGCCAUAUCACUAACCCUAGCGACGACGUUGGCCACCCCGACCGUGCAGAGGCCUCGCUCGCCGUUCAUGGGGGUGACAGCUUGGCCGUGCGAGGUAGUGUAGACGUCCCUCGACGAAACACUACAGUCGACAGAGAGGGUGAUGGUGGUCGACGAGAUCACACUACCAGGAUUAUGGAGAAACUUGACCUGACAAGGAAGUCUACAGUCGUGCCCCAGCUAAGCGCAAGCAAUCCUUCCUCCGCUGCCGGCGGCAUAGCUAGUCUCAUAUCCGCAAGUCUCGCUUCUGCCAGCCAUAACAUUGUACAGGUCGGACAGAUCUCAGCUCCUGCACAUGGGCUUCCCGAUACAAAACUUGUGUUGGGACAGACCCUUCCAUAUACUAGCCUCGCCCCAUCAACUCUUGCAAAUCCACCUGCACCAACAAACCUUAGUAAAGCCGCUGUGGCCGUCAGUGGAGAGCAUGGCCUCGGUAUUGGUCGCUCUGGCAACAUGCCUGGCGGACUCAUGGCCAAUCUGUGGGGAUCAGUAAACUGGGGAUAUGUCAACCAUUUAGGAGGUGCAGAAGAACCCACAAGCCAUGACCGCAGUCAUUCUGGCCCUCCUACCCCGAUAGAACGCCCAUCAGCUGUUGAACCUUUCGACGAAAAGGCAGAGAAGGAAGCACCGUCUACUGCUUCUGAGAGUACCGUCCCACAUGUCGCCGCUCAUCGAAAGACGAUAAGCUUGAGCGGUCCCAUCCCAUUGCAGAGCCAGAGACUGCCUGCACCCACAGAAGACUUUCCUAGCUAUUAUCCACUUGCUCUACGCAUGCAAGAUGCGCAGUUCCGCAUUCUGUUCCCUACUGUACCGCGUUCAGAAAGAGUUGUAUUGGUCUUCCGCGCCGUCUGGAAUCCAACCGAGCAGCAGGAAUUCCCUGGCCGUGUAUACGUCACGGUGAAGAGAAUCUACUUCUACAGCAAUCACCUGGGCCUUGUCCUUGUCACGGACCUCAAUAUGGAGUCUAUCGAUGAGGUGACUGCUGCACCUGGAAAGGAUUGUGACUUCCUCUUCCUCCAUUUCAAGUCUGGCUCGAGAAGCGAUGGAGCUACCAGAGUCACAAUCAAGACUUUCCUCGAACCUCUAAAGCUGCUACAACGACGUCUCAACUUUCUUGUUCAGAAUGCCACGCUGGAAGAAUUUACUCUGAACGACGUGGUGAAGAAAUUGAUUAAGAUGGAAUCCGACGAUACCCAGUAUACAGCGGGCGAAGAGGGCUGGGAGGAAGUCUCUCCCGACACGCCUGUGGAUGGAAGCUACGGCGGAAAGAACAUCAAGACCAGUCUCCGAAUCGAUGGCAACUUAUUCGGGCCGCCCAAUGCUAACCUCUUGAGAUCAGCUACCAAGUUCAAGUUGCCGGCACAGCCUGUUGUAUUUGCUCCAACGGGAAUGACACAAGUCGCCGUGGAGAAAGAAUACGAAAUCAGCGCAAAAGCACUCUUCCACAUCCUCUUCGGCGACAAGAGCGCAGUAUUCCAGCUGCUAUACCGAGAACGAUGGGCGUCGCGCGUAGUGCAGGGACCAUGGGUAGCCGCAGACCAAAACCACCAACGCAGAGAUUUUGAAUAUGAGGUUGCACAGCCCGCCAAAAACGGAGCCGUCAUCAUCAAUGACUACCAGAUCAUCGAGGUCCUAAACGACCACCUUUGCUAUGUCGUAUCAGACAGGAAGACGCCAUGGUACCUGCCCGGCCACGAGCGAUUCGUGCUCCUCAGCAAGAUCGUCAUCACGCAUGUCUCCAAGGCAAGGUGCAAACUGGCCAUCCACAUCAAAGUUGACUGGAAGCAAAACCCCCGGUUCGUGAAGAAACUCAUAGAACGACAGGGCCUGCAGGACAUGGAGCUCGAAGCCCAGGAUCUCGUCGAUGUCGUCAACGACCAGGUCGCGCGACUCGGGCACAACAAGAGCACGGGGAAAGUCACAAACGUCUUCGGACAAAUCGGUAUACAAACACAAGCCGUGCAGCUCACCACGCAAGACAUACCGCCGCCUAACCGUCCGCGGAAAUUCAAACUAAGACCCCAAACCACCACGUCCUUCAUCCUGCAAUACAUCGGCAACAUCGUCAUCAGCAUCCUGUCCACAGUCAUGAGCUGGAUACUCGCCAUGAUCGCCGGCCUGGGCAACAUCAUCUCAGCACACAAGCUACUCAUCAUCCUCCUGCUCGCCAGCGGGGGAGCAAACUUCUUCCUCACAUCGAAGGACAGCUGGGCGUGGUGGAACGAGCGCAACGCCGCGAAAUACAUGUCGCGCCUCGGCGUCGGCCCAGGCACAAGUCUAACGCGCUCCGUCUACCUCCGCGACAUAGAAGAAUCCUUCCUUACGCCGAACGCAACAACGGGAAUCGAGCUAUCCAUCCCGCUGGAGCACAAUAAAUGCCACCAAACUUUCACAACACUCCUCCACAACCCUUCUGCCCACCCGUCUUCCUCCUCCCACGCAACACGCCGUCUCCAUCGCACGCGCCAGAACCUCGGCACCCACCGCCACGAUCUGCUCGUCGCGCUGCGUGUCGUGAACCGCAUCGAGAAAGAGGUCGUGGAAGCAGAGUAUGAGAACUGGCUGCGAGACGAGACCAAGAAGUGUGGGCGCGUUGGCGCGUUGCUUGAGGAGGGGAAGAAGGCGGAUGGACAUGUCGGCGAGUGGGUUAGGGGGUAUUGCGGGGAUUGCGAGAAGAGCUUGGAGGGCGUCGUGGGGCGGGGGUUGAUGUGA